AUGGUUAAUACCGGUUGUUCAAGAGCGGUUUCGAUUUCGAAGCUCCACCGUCACCACCGUCACCACCGUCCUCACAGCACUGCUAGGCUUGCCUGCGAGAGAGAAAACCUUCGUGCGACGCCAUCUCGGAGGCUUUCUUUUGCUCGUCUCAUCUCUCCGGUGACAAGAUCUCGCCAAAAUCGGCCUCUCCACAGCAGCGUUCUGAGGCUUCUUCCGGCGACAGGACUCCAUUCAUUGUCUCUCCCAAGGCCGUCUAUGAUUCGCAGAAUUCGUAGACUUGUCUCAAUCCUGAUGCAAGCAGAUGUUGUCACUAGUUAUAGAUCCAGGAUACUAUUUCCUUUAGGAGCAAAUUAUCGCCUGAUUGACAUUCCGGUCAGGAAUUGCCUAAACAGAAACAUAUCAAAGAUCUAUGUUCUUACACAAUUCAAUUCUGCAUCUCUAAAUCGUCACCUUUCACGGGCAUACGCAAGUAACAUGGGUGGUUACAAGAAUGAAGGUUUUGUUGAAGUUCUUGCUGCUCAGCAAAGCCCAAAGAACCCCAAUUGGUUCCAGACCCCAAAUUCACCUAUUGCAGCUGGAAGUUUUGAAGGCAGAAAAACCAGUAAUCGGAUAAUUCUUGUUUGUCAUGGAUCCUCACAGAGCGGCUUAGAGAUUCCCAAUCUUCUAUGCACUCCUCAUUCAAACAUACAUUUCUCCAACUUCGAUAAGGCAACAAAUAUGACCUAUAGUAAGAGCAAAGUGCGCAUUGAUGUCGAGAAGGUCAAGCCAUACUAUCUUUCUCUUAUUGAGAAGGAUGUUGUAUUGGGUACUAUUAUAGAUGUGAGGGAAUAG